CCGACCGACCGACCGGCGGCGGAGGAAGUCAAGGCAAAGGAAAGGACAGGGGGGAAUUUAGGCUGUGUCCCGUAUUUGGAAUAAGCAAGACUGUAGACCACAGCUUUCCUCUUGACGUGAAACGAGUUCCUCUUUAACCUUCAAAAAGGACCCUCAUUUUUGACGGCUAACUUACGGGCUGAACUCCUGAACUAACCAUCGUUUAGAACUGUGAAGAAACUAAAGACACAUUUGGUUUCUGGACGAAGAAUGGGAUUUAAAGAACAUAUCUGCCAGCACUGAGUUGUGAAAACAAGGGGAUAUUUUCCAGUUGGAUAAAAAUAAUAAUAACCAUACCGUCGGAACAGGACGAAUUCAGUUACUCUUUGUUAACACUGUGUAUAUUUUAUGUCAGUUCCUCGGAAAAAUGGGGCAAUGAUGGGAUUUAGGGACGGAGAAAAGUAUCUUCAACGUUAGCUCGCUAGCUAGCCAAAUAGCUUACCUAGCAGGCUGCUAACUAAAGCCUGUGUCGCCCUUCCAUUCCUGGAGCAGAGGGGCGCUGGGGCUUUGUAGCAUUGCAGAUCUGCCUUGCAUUUUUGGGUUGCUGCAAGAAUGGAGAAUCCCAGAUAUCUGCCACAACAACUCAGGGGAAUCUGUUGAACCGCAUCGACUCGAUUAUUUUCCAUUUUCUAACACAGAGGAGACCAGAAAGUUCCAGUUAACGUUGGGAUUUCAUCAAAAUCAGCCGACCCGGGGCAGACAGGGUCUAUAAUUCUGACUACUUCUUUUCUUAUGUACCCUGUGGGGAUAGGUAUUAUAAAAUGGGGAAAUGCUGCUCGUCUCAUCCACCUCCCAGAUACUGGAUCUCGAGAGGGAGAUCAUGAAUGGGUCGGGUUUAACGCGGAAUUAGCCCCGGCAUGCCCUCUAUUUAAAGUUUUAUUCUUUUCGAGACAUAUUCAAGGUGAGAAAACUUCUUUACAGGCCCCUCAGCGCUAACUAACAGGCCGAGGAGGUGUUUGCUCACCCACCCUCACCUCCUCCAUCAUCAUUACUUCAAAAACCAACAAGCCGGAAUAAUGUCGGGAGAGGUGCGUUUGAAGAAGCUGGAGAAGCUGCUCCUGGACGGACCAGCUCAGUCCAAUGGCCAGUGCAUGAGUGUGGAAACGCUGCUGGAUAUCCUGGUCUGCCUCUACGAUGAGUGCAACAACUCCCCGCUCAGGAGAGAGAAAAAUAUCAUGGAGUUUCUGGACUGGGCCAAACCCUUCACAUCCAAAGUGAAGCAGAUGCGCCUUCAUAAAGAAGACUUUGAGAUCCUCAAGGUGAUUGGACGAGGAGCCUUUGGAGAGGUUGCAGUCGUAAAAGUGAAAAACACUGACAAGGUAUUCGCUAUGAAGAUUCUCAACAAGUGGGAGAUGCUGAAGCGAGCUGAGACGGCAUGUUUCCGGGAGGAGCGAGAUGUGUUGGUAAAUGGACACUGCCAGUGGAUUACCACCCUGCACUACGCCUUCCAGGACGACAAUAAUUUGUAUCUGGUCAUGGACUACUAUGUGGGUGGUGACCUGCUGACUCUGCUCAGUAAGUUUGAGGACCGACUGCCGGAGGAGAUGGCCAAGUUCUACCUGGCUGAGAUGGUGCUGGCCAUUGACUCUGUUCAUCAGCUACACUACGUCCACAGGGACAUAAAGCCCGACAACAUUCUGUUGGAUAUGAACGGCCACAUCCGCUUGGCUGACUUCGGCUCCUGCCUCAAACUUAUGGAGGACGGGACGGUCCAGUCCUCCGUGGCAGUGGGGACUCCAGACUACAUCUCCCCAGAAAUCCUCCAGGCAAUGGAGGACGGGAAAGGCAAGUAUGGACCUGAAUGCGACUGGUGGUCCCUGGGUGUCUGCAUGUAUGAAAUGCUGUACGGCGAGACCCCGUUCUAUGCAGAGUCCCUGGUGGAAACCUAUGGGAAGAUCAUGAACCACAAGGAGCGAUUCCAGUUCCCACAGCAGAUAUCAGACGUGUCAGAGGAUGCGAAGGAUCUGAUCCGCCGGCUCAUUUGCAGUCGAGAGCACCGAUUGGGCCAGAACGGCAUUGAGGACUUCAAGCAGCACCCCUUCUUCUCCGGCAUUGACUGGGACAACAUACUCACAUGUGAGGCCCCAUACAUCCCAGAGGUCAGCAGUCCAACAGAUACCUCCAACUUUGAUGUGGAUGAUGACUGUCUGAAGAACUCGGAGACCAUGCCCCCUCCCUCUCACACUGCCUUCUCUGGCCACCAUCUGCCCUUUGUGGGCUUCACCUAUACAAGUAAAUGUACCCUAUCUGACCGGGGUUGCCUGCGACAGCUGGCAGGGGAGCCAGGUAAGGCAGGCCAGGAUCAGGUGGACAUGGAUGUUCAGCGCAGCCUGGAGGACAGCCUGGCCACCGAGGCCUAUGAGAGGAGGAUCCGUCGCCUGGAGCAGGAGAAACUGGAGCUGAGCCGCAAACUGCAAGAGUCAACUCAGACGGUGCAGGCGCUGCAGCACCCAACAGGCGAGGGCUCCGUCAGCGCUAACAAGGAGGUGGAGAUCAGGAGCCUGAAGAGCGAGAUCGACAUCCUCAAGAAGCAGAUCGCUGACUCGGGACAACUAGAGAAGCAGCUGGAGGAUGUGACGUUGGCCCGCAGAGACCUGGAGGACUCUUCCAAACACAUUAAAACUCUGGAGAAACAGAUGAAGAGCGUUACACAGGAGAGAGACGAUCUGCAAAAGGACCUUUUGGACGCCAAUGAAAAGCUGAAGUCUCAGUCGAAAGAGCUGAAGGAAGCUCACAGUCAGAGAAAACUGGCCAUGCAGGAAUUUUCAGAGCUUAAUGAGAGACUCACAGACCUCAGGUCGGCAAAGCAGCGUCUGGUUCGCCAGUUGCGUGAUAAGGAGGAGGAGAUGGAGAGCCAGAGUCAAAAGGUUGAGGCUCUCCGCCUUGAGGUGCGAAAGGCUGAGAGGGCUAAGAAGGAGAUGGAGGCGCAGGCAGAGGAGCAGGCAGGAGAGGCUCAGAAAGAGAGGAAGCUGCGAGAGCGGAAUGAGCAGUACAGCCGACAGCUGGAGGAGGAGUUGGAAGGACUUAAGUUGAAGCAGGCUGGUCCCUCUGCCACUCUGACCUCGGCUGACCAGGAGGUAGGACGCCUGCGUGGAGACUUGGAGAAGAAAACGCUCCAGUACGAGGAGGAACUGGGCCGUAGGGAGGCACAGCACAGCAACGAGCUGAAGGCGCUGCGCAAGGAGCUGAGGGAUGCUGAGAGCCAGCACCUUGCCCUGCAGAAAGAAAUCCUGAUGCUUAAAGACAAGCUGGAUAAGACUCGCCGUGAGAGCCAAAGCGAGCGGGAAGAGUUUGAGACCGAGUACAAGCAGAAGUAUGAGAGGGAAAGAAUCCUGCUUUCUGAAGAAAAUAAGAAGCUUUCCAGUGAACUGGAUAAGCUGACGAGCAUGUUCGAGAAGGUGAGCGGCUCCAACCGGCAGCUGGAGGAAGAGAUGAGGGAGCUGGCUGACAAAAAGGAGAGUGUUGCUCACUGGGAGGCCCAGAUCACAGAAAUCAUCCAAUGGGUGAGCGAUGAGAAGGAUGCCCGGGGCUACCUGCAGGCUCUGGCCACUAAGAUGACAGAAGAGCUGGAGGGACUAAGAAACACCAGCCUGGGACCCAGAGCCACGGACAUGCCAUGGAAAAUGCGCCGGUUUGCCAAGCUGGACAUGUCAGCCCGUCUGGAGCUGCAGUCGGCCUUGGAUGCUGAGAUCAGGGCCAAACAGGGCAUCCAGGAUGAACUGAACAAAGUCAAGGCCAACAGCAUCUCCACAGAAUGUAAACUGCAGGAGGUGGAAAAUAAAAACCAGGAACUCCUGGCUGAGAUCGAGAGGCUGAAAAAGGAGACAGAGGAGCUUCGGCUACGAAGGGGUGUCAAGCACCAGGAUUCCCAGAAUUCCUUCUUGGCUUUUCUCAAUGCCCCCACCUCAGCACUUGACCAGUUUGAUCGCUCGCCAUCCGUUGGCCCAGCUAGCAAAGGCAGACGUGUGGACUCCAUGGACAACUUCACCCCCUCUAACACUCCAUCCCGAGAAGAUGACGCUAAGUCCCACCUCAAAUCCCGUUCGCGUUCACCCUCCAUGGCUAGUGAUAUGGAGCCUAUAGAGUUGAUAGACCAUCCUCCUCGUACAGUCCAGACACCCACCAUGAGGUCAGGAGGGUACGGCAGUAUUGGACGCUCCUCACCUAAGCCCAAAGCACACCAGUUUGUGGUCAAGACAUUCAGCACGCCCACUAAGUGUAACCAGUGCACGUCCCUCAUGGUGGGGCUUAUACGUCAAGGUUGUACCUGUGAAGUGUGUAACUUCUCCUGCCACGUAACAUGUGCGGACAAGGCACCGGCCGUGUGUCCUGUGCCCCAGGACCAGACCAAGGGCCCACUGGGUAUUGACCCUCAGAGGGGCAUUGGCACGGCGUAUGAAGGGCACGUCAGGGUGCCCAAACCCACAGGGGUGAAGAAGGGUUGGCAGAGGGCAAUGGCUGUGGUCUGUGACUUCAAACUGUUCCUCUACGAACUGGGAGAAGGAAAAGCAACACAACCAAGUGUAGUAGUCAGCCAAGUCAUUGAUAUGAGGGAUGAAGAGUUUUCAGUCAGUUCUGUCCUGGCCUCCGAUGUCAUCCACGCCAGCCGCAAGGACAUCCCCUGCAUAUUCAGAGUGACAGCGUCCCAGCUCUCCCCCUCCAGCAGCCACAAGCCCUCCAUCCUGAUCUUGGCCGACAGCGACCAAGAGAGGAACAAAUGGGUGGGCCUCCUCAAUGAGCUCCACCGCAUCCUCAAGAAGAACAAGCUCAAGGAGCGCUUCGUCUACAUCCCCAAGGAGGCUUAUGACAGCACGCUGCCGCUCAUCAAGACGACACAGUCUGCUGCUAUCAUAGAUCACGAGCGUGUCGCCCUGGGCAAUGAGGAAGGCCUUUUUGUCAUCCAUGUCACCAAAGAUGAAAUAAUCCGGGUGGGAGACAAUAAGAAGGUGCACCACAUCGACCUGAUCCCCCAGGAGCAGCUGCUGGCCGUCAUCUCCGGCAGGAACCGCCAUGUCCGUCUCUUCCCCACGCAGGCCCUGGACGGCCGUGAGACCGACUCCUACAAGCUGGCCGAGACAAAAGGCUGCCAGACCAUUGUCUCUGGCCCCGUCCGCAACGGCUCGCUCACCUGCCUCUGUGUGGCCAUGAAGAGACAAAUCAUAUGCUAUGAGGUGAAUAAGAGUAAAGCCCGUCACCGUCGGUUGCGAGAGCUGCAGGCCCCGGGCCCCGUUCAGUGGAUGGGUCUGCUCAGUGAGCGUCUCUAUGUGGGCUAUCAGUCUGGCUUCACCCGCUACAGCGUCCACGGUGACAUGUCUCCGGUCAGCCUGCUCCAUCAUGAGGACCACACCCUGGCCUUUAUCCCCCAGCAGAACCUGGACGCCCUCUGUGCUGUGGAGAUUUCCAGCAAAGAGCUGCUGCUGUGCUUCAGCUCCAUCGGGGUGUAUGUGGACUCCCAGGGCCGCAGGUCACGCCAGCAGGAGCUGAUGUGGCCGGCUGUGCCCAACGCUGCCUGCUACAACGCCCCCUACCUGUCAGUGUACAGUGAGAACGCUGUCGAUGUGUUUGACGUCAACACCAUGGAGUGGAUUCAGACCAUCCCGCUGAAGAAGGUGCGACCUCUGAACGUUGAAGGCUCUCUGAACCUGCUGGGACUGGAGACGGUCCGGCUCAUCUACUUUAGAAACAAGAUGGCCGAGGGUGAUGAGCUGGUCGUCCCGGAGACGUCAGACAACAGCAGGAAGCAGAUGGUGCGCAGCAUGAACAACAAGAGACGCUUCUCCUUCAGGGUGCCUGAGGAAGAGCGGCUUCAGCAGAGGAGAGAGAUGCUGCGAGAUCCAGAGAUGAGGAACAAGCUGAUCUCCAAUCCCACCAACUUUAACCACGUGGCCCACAUGGGACCAGGAGACGGGAUCCAGAUCCUUAAAGACCUGCCCAUGAACGUUCGUGUUCAGGAGAGUCGUGCGGGCUUCAGCGGUUCAGUCAGCAUCCCCUCCAUCACCAAGAACCGGGCCGAGCCGGGCCGCUCCAUGAGCGCCAGCAGUGGACUGGGCAUACGCUCGUCCUCCCAGAACGGCAGCGCUCUGCGUAGAGAACUGUCGGGAGGAAGCUACGGAUCCAAACGUCAGACCAUGACGUCUCCCUCUGAGAGCUCCCUGUCCUCUGGCGGGGGAAUGGACUGUGGUGACGCUCCGCUGUCACAGUUUGACAGAGAGUGGCAGGCAGUCUCACCGUCGGAGAAGACCCCCGAUCUGAAAAGGGCUUUAAGGACCCUGCUUAGUAAGAUGAAGGACUCGGACUCCCCCCGUCACUCCACGGCCUCCAACAGCUCCACCUUCAGCAGCCCUCCCAGCCCAGCCUCCCCACACAAGACCAAGUCCCUGUCCCUGGAGAGCACAGACCGGAUGGGCUGGGACACAUGAGCCCCCUUCCCCUCCCAGCCUCUCGCCCGCCCAACCCCACUGACCGACCGACCGACAGCACAGGACUCUAAACCUUCCUCCUCCUCCUCUUCUUCUUCUUCUUCGUCCUCCUCCACCGCAGCCUCUCGCCUCCUUUCUGAAUAUUCCCCCUCACUGCCCAGAGAACUGCACCCCCUGUCCUCCACUCUCUCUUGAUGAACUUUUGUCCCACUUCACAGCCUCCGUUUGUCUGUUUGUCUCUCACCAUACUUCCAACGUGGGGCAGAAACACUAAGACACAGUCUGCCGUGUGUUUGAGGGACGCUCUGAGGGAGACGUCAUCACGCGUUAGUGGCAGUGCACAUGUGGGUGCUGACGUUUGAGGGUGCAGAUGUGUGCGUGUGUGUUUGAGAGAAGCUGUAUGCUCUUGCGUGUGUGCAUGUGUUUGUUCGGGAAGGGCGUAUGAUAUAGGAAUGAAACACUCUCGGCUUGACUCGGCUCUUUCCGCUAUCGACUGACGUGACACCCCUCACUCCCCCCCCCCCUCCCCCCCAAUGAGAUCGGUUCAGACUCAGAAACCUCAUGAUGCAACAAAAAAAAAAUAACAGAGGAGGAUUAUUACUGAGAGGAAAUGAUUUGUACUUGUACAUAGGACCCUUUGGGUUUUAGGGGACGAUAUUUUAAUUUAUUUAUCAAUCUUAGACAAGGAAAGGGAGGUUUGCUUCUUAAUGGCCUGAAGCAGACGGGUGGAGUUUAAAGCCCUCCUCACUUCCCUCAGUCGCUUUCUCUUUGGGUGCUGCAAAAAAUUGAAAAAGGUUA